AUGCAUUUGCAAGGCGUGGCGGACGAGAUCAUGUGCCGAGAUUUUUCAACAACGUUGAAGGGUCCCGUAAAGGUAUGGUUCAGCAGAUUGACACCAAACUCCAUCAAUACCUUUAAGGAGCUAAGCACGCAGUUUGCCUCACACUUCAUCAGGGGGCACAGGUAUAAGAAGUCUACUACAUGCCUAAUGAGCAUCAAGCAAUGGGAGGAUGAGAUGCUGAGGUCUUACAUAACCUGCUUCAACAAAGAGGCCCUCUCGAUUGAGAAAUCCGAUGAUAAGAUACUUGUUGCUGCUUUCACCAAUGGGUUACGGAAGGGGAAGUUUUUGUUUUCUUUAUACAAAAAGGACCCAAAAACCAUGUCGGAUGUACUUUAUUGA